GGGAGCGGUUGCCGAGCCGGGCUCUGCCGCGGGCGGGCAGCUGUCGGCUGCGCACCGUCUGGGGGCUCGCGCGGGGGGCUGCAGCUUUCCCCGGCCCGGAGCAGGUGUGCGGGGCCGGGAGGAGAGCCGGGGGGAGCGGGCCGGGCCCGGGGCUGCGGCUGCGGCUGCGGCCCCCGCCCCCCAGCCCCGCCAGCCCGAGCGCUCGGAGGUAGAGAGGAAAGGUCUGGACAGGGUGGCUGGACCAGUGGCAGAAUCCAGUGGCAGACUCUGGACUUGAGGGUUCUAGGCUGUGGUCUGUAGAAGCAAAGGACAGAAGGACUCAAAUCCAGGCCAAAUGUAUGGCUGUCUGAGGUGUUGGAACAGAAGGAGGUCCAUUCCUGUUGGUGACAACACUGGCCCCGUUCUGGGAUGACCGAGGUAUAAAGGUUGCCCCCAAGAAAGUGCAGCGGAGUCCUUGCGUCUUGUGGCAGCUGACGUGCCCAGCCCUGAGUCCGUGGGAGCUGAAGGCAGCCCGGCCCCUUCUCAUGGGCAGCGCCCACCUGUGCUGAGGUCCUGCUGCCGUGGCAGUAAGAGAUGUCUGCCAGGCCACAGUCCAGGCUCCACAGGAGAAAUUUAGAACCUACCGAUGGGUCCCCCCUCAGGCCUGCUGACUCCAGCUCCUGGCACCAAACCCUGCUUCUGCUUUAUCUACAGUUCUCCUGCUGGGACACCGUAUCUUCCCUUGAGGAGCUGUGCAAUCAGUUGUCCCUGAAAAUGUCUGACAGUCUGGAUAAUGAAGAGAAACCCCCAGCCCCACCGCUGAGAAUGAACAGUAACAACCGAGAUUCUUCAGCACUCAACCACAGUUCCAAACCACUUCCCAUGGCCCCUGAAGAGAAGAAUAAGAAAGCCAGGCUUCGCUCUAUCUUCCCAGGAGGAGGGGAUAAAACCAAUAAGAAGAAGGAGAAAGAACGCCCAGAGAUCUCUCUUCCUUCAGACUUUGAACAUACGAUUCAUGUGGGGUUUGACGCAGUCACCGGGGAGUUCACUGGAAUCCCUGAGCAGUGGGCACGCUUACUCCAAACCUCCAACAUAACAAAACUGGAACAGAAGAAGAACCCACAAGCCGUCCUGGAUGUUCUCAAAUUCUACGAUUCCAAAGAAACGGUCAACAACCAGAAAUACAUGAGCUUUACGUCAGGAGAUAAAAGUGCACACGGAUACAUAGCAGCCCAUCCCUCGAGUACAAAAACAGCAUCAGAGCCUCCUUUGGCUCCACCUGUGUCUGAAGAAGAAGAGGAAGAAGAGGAAGAAGAAGAAGAUGACAAUGAGCCCCCCCCAGUUAUUGCGCCAAGACCCGAGCAUACUAAAUCAAUCUACACCCGUUCUGUGCUGGAAUCCAUUGCUUCACCGGCAGUACCAAAUAAAGAGGUCACACCACCUUCUGCUGAGAACGCCAACUCCAGUACUUUGUAUAGAAACACAGAUCGGCAAAGGAAAAAAUCCAAGAUGACGGACGAGGAGAUCCUAGAGAAGCUAAGAAGCAUUGUGAGUGUCGGUGACCCAAAGAAAAAAUACACAAGAUUUGAAAAAAUAGGCCAAGGGGCAUCAGGUACUGUUUACACAGCGCUAGACAUUGCCACCGGACAAGAGGUGGCCAUAAAGCAGAUGAACCUUCAACAGCAGCCCAAAAAGGAAUUAAUUAUUAAUGAAAUUCUGGUCAUGAGGGAAAAUAAGAACCCCAAUAUUGUUAAUUAUUUAGAUAGCUACUUAGUGGGUGAUGAACUAUGGGUAGUCAUGGAAUACUUGGCUGGUGGCUCUCUUACUGAUGUGGUCACAGAGACCUGUAUGGAUGAAGGCCAGAUAGCAGCUGUCUGCAGAGAGUGCCUACAAGCUCUGGAUUUUUUGCACUCAAACCAAGUGAUCCAUAGAGACAUAAAGAGUGACAAUAUUCUUCUUGGGAUGGAUGGCUCUGUUAAAUUGACUGAUUUUGGGUUCUGCGCCCAGAUCACCCCCGAGCAAAGUAAACGGAGCACUAUGGUGGGAACUCCCUACUGGAUGGCACCUGAGGUUGUAACUCGAAAAGCUUAUGGUCCGAAAGUUGAUAUCUGGUCUCUGGGGAUUAUGGCAAUCGAAAUGGUGGAAGGUGAACCCCCUUACCUUAAUGAAAAUCCACUCAGGGCAUUAUAUCUGAUAGCCACUAAUGGAACCCCAGAGCUCCAGAAUCCCGAGAGACUGUCAGCUGUGUUCCGUGACUUUUUAAAUCGCUGUCUUGAGAUGGAUGUGGACAGGCGAGGAUCUGCCAAGGAGCUUUUGCAGCAUCCAUUUUUAAAAUUAGCCAAGCCUCUCUCCAGCCUGACUCCUCUGAUUAUCGCCGCAAAAGAAGCGAUUAAGAACAGCAGCCGCUAGGACCGCGAGGCCUACCCUCCACCGUCUCCCUCCUGAGUAAGACUGAACUGAGACGCUGCUGCGGAAAAGAUGGAAGAAAAGACAGUCAAAUAGGGGUGGGGGCGAUCUUUAACUUUCAAAUGAAUAGAAACUUCUUCUAAGCCUUUUUCCUACUCCCUCGGAUUAUGUAAUUUAUUUGUAAGCCUGAACCGCAGCCCGAGCAGGGCAGCAACGUCCAAGUGGCCACAAGCGGUCACUUCUACCGUGAAGCGAAAGAGCCAGUAGUGAAUCCCCUCAUUUUGUGCAUUCACUUUGAAGAAAAAAAGGGUUUCUCAAAGAUGCACACUCCCUCUUCAUAGUGUCGUGUUCGUUUUUAAGUUAGAGAGUAGUCCCUCUUGCAUUCGAACCUCCUUCAAAACUCCUUACCCAAUGUGAUGUUUUUCACUUGCAUUGUCAUUAGAUGUCCAGGAAAAAAAAAAAGACGUCAAAAAAAAUUUUUUUUUAAAAAGAAAGCAAAAAACAAAAAGCAAAAACAAAACAAAACAAAACAAAAAAACACAAAAAAAACCCCCAAAACAAAACAAAAAAAAAUACCCCAGAGCAAGUACUGUGUGAACAUGUGGAAGUCCAUGCCCUCAUAGAGUUGCAAUUUUUUAUUCUUCUUCUAUAGUGGUGGCUUGGUUUGUGUACCUGUUUUUCUGCAUUUGUAUUGGAAAAGGUUUCUUUUAAGGCAUUUUUCCAAAAGCAGAGAGGAAUAUGUGUGUUCAGGAAGGGCUUUUAAAAACUGUCUAUCCAAAUAAGGCUCAAAUGGUGAGAUCCUGUAACAUUUUCACGACGAUGCUUAAGAGGUAGUUGAUGUAUCAUUUCUAUAAACCAGCUCGUUCAUCUUCACAAUGCCUGACAAAGGACACACUGAAAUUUGUGGCCCUCCUAUUGGGUGAGUCCAGGUCCUCAACCUGGGAAACCCCGAUAGGAGAAACCAUUCUUAAACAAAGAUGGGACUUUCUCUGAGAGCCAAAAGGAAAGCAAAAGGAGUGUGCAAUGCUGAGAUCUUUGUUGGACAGAAGGAAACAAAAAUCAAGAGACCUAAUUUAAUCCUCUCUUGUGCUUAUGGAACACAAACAUUGUCAAAUAGGCACAUUAGGAGAAAAUAGACCCAUUAGCCAACAUUUGCUUAUGAUCAGAAUCAUGUGACACAUUAUAACAUUUUGAAAAUGUCUUAAAAGACCUGGAGAGCAGAGAUAUUGUAAGUAUUCAGCCCUGUCAGGAAUGAGAGGUCAGUGAAAACUACAUCCCAGUCAACAUUUGGCUCUAAGUACUUGUUCCCAUUUUCCCUCUGUCUCACCGAUUUCUGUUUCAGGAUAUAGCAUAGUCAGACAUCGUCUUUUGAGCUUUUGAAUUUCAAAAACAUGUUCAAACAGAUCUGGAAUUUCUCCAGUGAAAAAUAAUUAGGGUUUGCAAUCAUAUAUCCCAAGAAGUAGCAGUCCAACCAUGUAUCUACUUAUUAAAAAUUCAACAGUUGGUGCUUCCUGAAUCUUCUGAGAGCAGAAAAAUAUCUGGAGGGUGGCUGCAUAGAAAAGGAUAUGCUUCUCUUUCAAAUGUAUUGUCAGUUGCAUAAAUUCUGCAAAGUGGCCUAUCUAAGCCUUGGAGAAGCUAACAGUUUGUGCAAUAGAAGGCUUCUCGAUUUGUAACAUACCGAGAAUCUGAAUAAGAACCCAUCUACAUUCAGCAAGAGGGAGAAAGAGAUCAAUGGCCUGGGCCUCUCUUCUUCUCUGCUAUGGUACAUCUGUCCAUCUAACCAUCCAUCCAUUCCUUAAAAUGCAAGCACUUUCUUUAGAGAGUUUCUGCUAACCAUGUAGUGCACGUGUUUAUGUUGAGGAAACGGCGCCGCUGGUGGAUUUCCUAUUUUCCUAUUGUUUUCUUUGACUAUAAAGGUUGGGAGGGGCUUCACACCCCCCUCCCCAGAAAACACCCACAGUGAGAGAAAACAACAGAUGUGAAAAAGAAAAUCAAAUGGAACAUUCAUUUGAAGCAUGCUGUGUUCUACUUUACAAAAAGGUGGUUCGGCCUGAAAUUUUUAACGCCACACUGUUCCAAUGAGAGAGAGAAAGAGAGAGAGAGGCCUUAAUUUUUAUUUCAUUUAAAGUUAAAUAUUUUUUUUUUAGCGUUUCAUUCAUAGUGCCAGGGAAUUCAAUGAAAUAAUACCUGGGGUGUGAAUAGAAUUCAGUACACUAACUCAGCCCUGCCAGUGGAGAGAACCACAGGGCUAGUCAGGAAGUCCUAGUUGCUGAUUAGCAUCCCUUAUAUGUCAGAAAGGCCUUUUGGGCAGGGAGAGACCUGGAGCAGUGAUCCUUCGUAUCACUCUAGGCAGAGAAAUGGUUGCUCUUUGAUGCUUUCGGUUUUGCAUAUUAACACCGAGGAGCCAGGUACUUCUUCGCCACGCCCCCAUUGUACCAAGAUUCCGUGGUAAUAUAGUGCAGUAGGCUUUACUCUUACAAAUUUAUAUCUAUGUAAAUUUUUCAACGAGAACAGCUUCUAAAGCCCCUCCCCUGUGUUGGAGAGUUAUGUAUAUUUCUAAUAAGUAUUAGCAAGAAGCUGUUUUCUCCUGCCAAGAUGAUCCUGAAGGAUUCACAUUGGGUACACUUGAACAACUUGGACUCCAGGUGGUUAAUCGUUUAUUCCCUUUCUCUGGAUUUUUUUUUUUUUUUUUUUAAAGCUCAUCUUGACACGGAUGAGUCUAUCCAGAUCUUUAAAGUUGCUAGCACGCCCGGAGAUAAUGAGGGCACUUUGUGGAAUGUUGAUUCCAAAAUGUCCGGAGAUAGGGAUAGGGCAGUGGGAAAGUCAGGGAAGGGUGAGAAGCACAGUAGAGAUUAUUUAUUUAAGAAAAAAAGAACAUUAAUGUAGUGAGGAUCCGGUGCGUUGUCAUAAUCCAAUGAAGAUUUUUUGGAUGACACAAUCCCCCCAAAUCAGUCACCAUGUUGGGUAAUGACUUCGUUCUUGCUGAUCUCGUCUAUGUGUCAUUGUAAAUAUUUGUGUGUCCAUGUUCCGUUUUGGCUACUGGAUGGCCAAGUCAUGUAAGAAGAUUUAACUCAAGUAUUUAUUCUUUAAUUGUGUUACUCAGAUUUCUUCAGGCUUGUGAAUUGCACCCCCAAUGUUGAGUUUAACCACCUGAUCCCCCACAUCUAUUCCUCCCCUGUGAAGCACAUUCCAUUGCUAAAAGAAAAAGAAAUAUGAAAUUGCUUCCUGUCGUCUGUAUAACUGUUUUGAUAGUUUGAGAUGUUUGUCUAUAAAGGAUAUUCCUCAGCUCAAAGAUCGUGUAAAUAACUAUAUUCCCUUGCACAUUGGGUUGUUUAUUUCUAACGAGGCUGCCAGUUCUCAGAGAGAGUCUAUCAGAUCACUUUCAAAUAACAUAAACAGGGAUUACAGCUUUGUAAAACUAAGUGUGCAUAACGGACAAAGACUGGGAACACAGGUCGUUGAAAUCAGUUGUGUUAGGGUGGUGGGAUUAUGCACAAACAAUUUCAUUCCUUUUAAAAUUUUAUUUGGUAUUGUUAUCAUAUUGCUUUAUAAUAAAUAAACAGCAGAAAGGGGACUAUGGAAACAUAGAGAAGAUCCAGCAGCAGAUGUCGUCUGGCCAGAGCCCAGAGCAUGCAGGGCACAGAUAUUUGCUAGUUACAGUUAUUCCGUAGGCUUCGUAUUUGCCUGGGUGCUGAGGUUGGCACACGCUCGGGUAUGGCACGUGCUUUCUUAGGGGACUGUUAUCUCUAAGUGGAAGCUAGGGAGACGUCGCUAUUCGAGCUCCAGGCACAUCCUUCUGCUUUAAAAGUGGCCGCCCUGUGCUUGGGCAUGGCAGAGAGGUUUCUGUUUUGGUUACCGUAGAUUGGGUGGGGUGACAUUUGAUUCGCCCCCUUGAAAACAUCUGGUUCGGGUAUCACCUCUCUGGCUCCUGUUAACAGAUUUUCGGGUUGAAUUUUGGAGGCAUAGAAGGAUGAAUCCCCCGGCUCCCACCGUGUCCUUGUCUGACCAGAUGUUGUAUCGUUCAGGCAGGAUUCUCCUGCUAGUGACCAGGGGGCAAGUCCCUUUGAUCUCAAUAGAAGUUAUGACUUGCAAUUAAAAGCUGACUGUGAAAACAUAAAGACAAAUAUUUAGAGCCGCCUUUGCCUGUUGGUCUUCAGCUCCGGUUAGCUUUGGCUGGAGAUGGCCUCCGUGUGCUUUCUGUACCACCUGAUUUAUAGGUUGUAGGCAGUAACUACUGUCAUUUUUAAAGAGGAAAAGGGAGACCGUCCACCAAAAGAGAGGAAUUUUUCUCUAACUCACUGAAGAAAUUGUAGGUGACCUUGUUAUAAGGUAGCAGUCUCAGAUGUUGCUCAGUUUCCCCAAGAGCAGACCUUAUACCUGGAGAACCCACUUUUCAUUGGCCAUCCUCAACAUAAAAAUACUUCCGGGAGUUCUGCUCCCCACCAUCCCCAGUUGAAUCUCAUGGUCCAUUUCUGAGCUACUUGCAGUUAAUAUUCCCAGUUAAACACAGGCAUGGCCAGUGAUGCAAAGCUUCUCCCAGUCUCUGAGCAAGAGGACUGAAACUCAUCAUUUGUAAAUCGAUGGUCUAAUAGGCCCGGGAUUUCAAGUGAACUUAACACGCAAUUCUGAACAUAUAUUUGCAUGUGGCUUGGGAGGGAAAGAAAUGGUACCUUGGAAGGAAUGGAAAUAUUUUUCCUAAGAAAGAGUUUUUCAUAAAAGAUUUGGUUCCAAUAUAAUCUUUUCUGUUGGUUAGCUUCGAUUGUUUCACUCCUUUCCUGAUCCCAUGCUCCUUUAGUGACCAAAUGAAUAUCACCCAACUCCUCAUGCAUUGGGAAUGUCUGUUUGAUAUUAAACAAUAUCUCACCAAAUCUGCAAACGCGGGAAUGGAACUGGCGCCUCCGUGCGCACGCUUCCGUGUGCAAGUAUACAACAUUACAAGCCGCAUUUCCUGCCACAAAACACAGUCAAACUUGCAGGAUAAACUGAUAGAAGCUGGUUAGUGCCAUCAGUCUCCUUCGGCAGCUGCCAUCGGGUGAAUGCUGCCAGCCGUAAGGGAGAUACCGUGUUCACCUGGUUUAGUACCUAAGGGGUCAACAGCAAUUAUAAAGAAGCAAACAGACGUAGUGGAAGGAGUACUUAGCCUAGGAGUAAGGAGACCUGGAUUCUAAUAUAGGCUCUGUUGCUCACUUAGUGUGUAGCCUUGGGCAAGUCACUUAACCUUUUCACGGCUGUUCCUUCAUCUGUAAUAUAAGGGUAUCAGACUAGAUGACCUCCGAGGUCUUUCCAAAAGUUCUGUCAUUCUGUGGUACCGUAGGUUGCCUUGCAGACCUAGCCUGCUACAGUGAUGGAUGGCAAAUAUGGCAUGCUUAAGCCUGGGUUUCUUAUGUUGCCAUUAAACAAUAGAAAUAUGUAAGAUGAUGGGGGGAAAAAACCUCAAGUAAAUGAACAUAACACUAGGGAGUGUUGAUAAAACUUGUGGCAGCCUUCCCAAUCCUCACAGUUGUUUUGUUUUGUUGUUGUUUUAAUGUCCUUUUCCUGUAGUGUGUUCCCAGUUUUUAUUUCCCAUAUGCUCUGUAUGUAAAGUCUGGUUUUCAUUAAGCUGUGGCCAGUAUUUGCUACUAGAACAGAAAUACACUGUCACACUUGCUAGAACAGAACUACGUUUGGGCCUCUCCUUUCCUAUGAAGUGAUGCUGGGCUUUGUAGACUUUACUUUGUAAAUGGCACAAGACGGCAGAACCAUGCAUGUCAACGGCUGGGACUAUUAAAAGCGGACGUAAGCACUUGUAGGUUGCAGAGAAAGAAAUGACAAAGUAAGUACAUGCUAUUAGCAUUGAGGAGUGUUGACAAAUCCACUUGUUGGGAACCAAAGAUAGCAUUUCUGAUGACAACUCCCACAGUUGAUCGGCCAGUUGUAGGAGUAUACUGCUGGAGAGAGGGUACACCGGAAGUCAGUUAGUCCCAAUGCCCUGCCUGUUAGCAGGGUGCCAACCAGCCCUGAGUGCGAAAUUCAAGUUCAGUGUGUGUGCUUGUGUGUGGCGUGCUUUAUGGACCCGCAUCUACUAUAGUCAUUAGUGAUGAUAAGACCUUUCACCGAAUCCUAUAACCAUUCGUGGGUUGAGUUUUAAAUCUCAGGACAUCAGCCAGGAGGAUUCAGAUCACAGGUGGCUGAUGGGAUUAUACUCAUGAUAUCCAGACAAAACAAGUUGAGGAGGAUCUAUAUUUUCAUUUUUUAUCAGAAUUGUAUCUCAUUUGGUUGUGCAUUACUUUUGUUCAAAUGUGUUACCUGUAAACCCAUGUGUAGUGAAAUUCUUCUGUAACUUUGGAUUAAAGGUAUUUAUGGUCUUUUUGUUUGUUUGAUUUUUUUCAGUAAGUUAUUUCUUUCGUAGACCUGCUGAUGGUGUGGUUCUAUCCUUCUGACCUCAGCUUCUGAUUUUUUUUAAGGACUUUUGUUUCCAAUAUUGUUAUUUUAAAUUGUGGUUGAAGCAAUAGAAAAUUGAAAUAUGGAUUGUGCAUGACUGUGUCUUGAGUGUAAAAAUAUUGCAGUUUGAAACUUGGACCUAAAGUAUUGCAAAUAAAAAUGACAAACAUCAA